AUGGAGGUGAAGGUGCUCAGCUCCAAGAUCGUGAAGCCGAGGUACGCCGAUGGCGCGGCACGGCCGGACACCACGGAGCACGUGCCGUCCUCGGUGUUCGACAGGGUCACCUACCACAUCCAGAUGGCCAUCAUCUACGCCUUCCAGGCGCCGGCGCCCUCCACGGAGGACAUCGAGCGCGGCCUCGCGCAUGUACUGUCCGUGUACCGCCUCUUCGCCGGCCAGGUCCGACCUGGCCCGGACGGCGCGCCGGGGGUGCUGCUCAACGACCACGGCGCGCGGCUCGUCGAGGCGCGUGUGGACGGGGCCACACUGGUCGAGUUCGCGCCGCCCAAGCCGUCGCCCGUCGUGCUGCAGCUGCACCCGGACCUGGAGGGCGACGUGCAGGAGGUGGUGCAGGUGCAGCUCACGCGCUUCGCCUGCGGCUCGCUGGCCGUCGGGUUCUCGGCCAACCAUGCCGUUGCUGACGGCCACGCCACCAGCGACUUCCUCGUCGCGUGGGGCCGCGCCGCGCGAGGGCUGGACAUCUCCGACCCGUCGCCGACGCCACCGCCGCACAACCACCCUGACCUCUUCCGUCCGCGCGACCCGCCGGUCGUCAACUUCGAGCACCGCGGCGUCGAGUACUACCGGCCGUCGCCCAGCAACCCCAAGCAGGGCGAGGGCGGACACCACGGCGCCGACAACGUGGUCAUCCACAAGGCGCACUUCACCAAGGACUUCAUCGCCGGGCUGCGCGCCAAGGCUUCGGAGGGGCGCGGCAGGCCGUUCAGCCGGUUCGAGACCACGCUCGCACACCUGUGGCGCACGAUGACGCGCGCGCGUGGGCUCAGCCCCGGCGAGACCUCCACCAUCCGCAUCUCUGUCGACGGGCGGCGGCGCCUGGCCGCCCCGCCGGGCUACUUCGGCAACCUGGUUCUGUGGGCGUUCCCGCGGUCCACGGUGGGGGACCUCAUGAGCCGGCCGCUGAAGCACGCAGCACAAACGAUUCACGACGCCGUGGCCCGCCUCGACGGCGCAUACUUCCAGUCGCUGGUGGAUUUCGCGAGCUCGGGCGCCGUGAAGCGGGAGGGGUUGGAGAAGACGGCGGAGCUGAAGGACGUGUUGUGCCCGGACCUGGAGGUGGAUAGCUGGCUGACGUUCCCGUUCUACGAGCUGGACUUCGGCGCCGGCAGCCCGAGCUACUUCAUGCCGUCCUACUUCCCCACGGAGGGGAUGCUGUUCCUGGUGCCGUCCUACCUAGGCGACGGCAGCGUGGACGCCUUCGUCCCCAUCUUCCAGCACAACCUCGACGCCUUCAAGCAGUGCUGCUACUCCAUGGACUAA